ACUCUUCGUCAAUCCUGCAAGCGUCGUUUUCAAUCUAAAGGAAUUCGUCUACACACAAUCGAUUCAACACGCUAUCGGUGUGAGGGGUUUGGAUUCCCUUCGUCUCUGUCUGCUCGGGCGGACAGCGCUCUUCGUCCGAAGGUAUCCGCUGAAGAAUUUGUCAUCGAUUGAUCGGAAUCGCUAGGGCAAGGUGUGGGGAGAGGUCGGGGUCACCAAGCGUUGACAAACACAGUUCUCCAACGGGACGGCUGGGAGAAAAAGUUUGCGUUGAAGCGAUUCUGGAUUUAUUGGACUGCAAAUUCAAAUAGAGCAACCUUGAAGCUUGUGAACUGAAGCGGAUCUGAAUCGAAUCGGAGUUCUUCGUACACGAGGCAUUCACAUACGUAUCUUCUUGUGUUUUGACUUGGUUGGAGGAGGUUUUCAAGUACGUUAAUGCUGAAGAGGCAGCUGGAAUGGGUGGAUCUAUUGGUCUGCAGGCACGAUAUUGAGUGAGGCAUAGUAAGUGAGGCAGUGGAGCUCCAGUGGGGGUUCUUUUUCAUUUUCUGGUUGUAAAGAAAGCAGGGGCGCUGGAGGUAGUAAGGAGAGCUGUGAGGUGCGGCUCCAUGCGGCGUCUGCAGGAGCUGCUGCUGGGGCCCAGGUUCACAGCAGCGAACGCAUCGUCAGGAAGUGAGAUUUGGGUUUUGGGACUAUGUUAUAAGGUGUCUGCAGACCCUAACAAUGAAACUCUUUCGGUUCAAGCCUUCGAAGAGUUUAUCAGCGAUUUCACUUCUCGCAUCUGGAUCACCUAUCGAAAAGGUUUUGAAUGUGUGGGCCAGUCAAAGUUGACUAGCGAUGUGGGAUGGGGAUGCAUGUUACGCAGUGGUCAAAUGCUUCUAGCUCAGGCACUUGUUUGCCACUAUUUGGGCAGGUCAUGGCGACGGGAGCCUGGCCAGCCAUGUUCGCAAGCAUAUCUGCAAAUUCUGCAAACCUUCGGUGACUCUGAGUCGUGCCCCUUCUCGAUACAUAAUUUGCUGGAGGCAGGUCAUCCUUUUGGUCUGGCUGCUGGAUCUUGGCUUGGGCCUUACGCUCUUUGUAGGACACUAGAAGCGCUUGCAAGGGCAGACAGGGAGCAGAGUCAAAAGAAGGGUGGCAAGCGAGCUUUGCCUUUCGCUGUAUAUGUAGUUUCUGGAGAAGCAGAGGGUGAGAGAGGUGGUGCACCAGUUCUAUGUGUAGAAGAUGUUGCGACAUUGUGCUCCAAGUGGAGAGAGCCAACUGAAGAAUGGACUCCCCUGUUGGUGCUCGUGCCUCUUGUCCUUGGCCUUGACAAGGUGAACCCUAGGUAUUUGCCGUCAUUGAGGGCAACAUUUACCUUCCCUCAAAGCCUUGGAAUUGCAGGUGGUAAGCCAGGAGCUUCAACUUACUUAAUAGGCGUCCAAGAUGAACAGGCGAUGUACUUGGACCCCCAUGAGAAUCAGCAGGUUGUGCCAGUAACACCAGAGAAUUUGGAGCUGGAUACUAGCUCCUAUCAUUGCAGUACUGUGCGGCGUCUCCCAUUGGAUACGAUUGAUCCGUCUCUUGCUAUUGGUUUCUAUUGUAGGGAUCGAGCCGAGUUCGAUGACCUGUGCGCACGUUCAUCAGAGUUGGCCAAGCAAUCCAAUGGCGCACCCAUGUUUACUGUUGCUGAGAAGUCUGCUCCUCCAAAGCCAGCAGACAGCUGCAACUUGGAUCUGGAAGAAUCGAUCCCCAAAGACCCUUCAUCCGAAGAUGAUUGGCAAAUGCUUUGAUGGGAAUGUAGUAGGAUCAUUUUCGACUGCAUAUCAUCUCACUGGCUUGUAUUCCGCUAGUUGCGGUUGUGUCGUUAUUGGACCGCUUGUAUGAGCAGUCAUUUUAUGUAGUUCAGGACAGAAUGGUUUGACGUUUAAGCAUUUAGUGAAUUCAAUUUUCACGAUUUUGGUGUCACCAUGACACUCAGUUUUUAGCUCGAAUGGAGGUUAGUAUAGCUGAUGGCCGUGCUGAGACCUUGUAAUGCUGUUGUAUAGGAUUCUUUGCCCACCCGCCUAUCCUGUCCAGUAUUUUGUUCAUUUCUUAAGGUGCUCAAUCAAUUGUGGUUGGUGCUCAAUAAUUUGUACAUAUCCAUCUGUGAUUAUCUUUUUCUUGAAUAAAUCCACUUUUUACCUA